UAGAGACAAAGGGCAGAUUAGUCAAAAUAAUUGGAAUCUGCACAUUGUUUAUGGUUCAAUUCGGAAACAUUUUUCCCCUAAAAGAGAUUCCUCUAAUUAUCCUUUUUCCUUUUCUGGGAUAAUUUGAUAAAGUAAAAAGAUAUAAAUAGAAGAACUGACGCUUAUUCUAAGUUCAAGAUCAUGUUAGCACGUGAUCGGAUUACCAAAACAACCUGAACGAUUAACACAAGCCAUUUCUGCAUUGUAAUUGACCCUUUUUUUUGCAUGGGAAUUAAUAUGUCUGCUUCUUCUUCUAAUUCUGAAUUCAAUUCUCCUUCGUACUACUGUUUCAACAUAAAGCCUAUUUAUACACAGAUCCUUUUAGCAUCUUGCAUUGGAUUUAUUCUUUCAGCGGCUGUGUAUUAUCGGCUCAAGAAUUUCCGAAACCAGAAGAUUAUUCCACGUAUUGAUGUUUCGCGUACCGGGCAGGUCCUCAAGUUUGAAAAUUUUUCCCAUUAUGUAGCUAGGCAAAUGGGAUUUGCAGAUAGGAGAGAGUGUCCACAUAUGUGUAAGCUAGCUACUGAGUACAUAAUAAAAUCAGAAGGGUGUGAAGAAGAUAUGUACAGCUACUUUUCUAAUGAACCAGAUGCUGAUUCGCUGUUUAUAAAACUUGUUGAAGAGUUUGAGAGAUGCAUCCUCAGUUACUUCGCUUUCCAUUGGAGUCAGGUUCCAUAUAUGAUGAGCCAGGUAUUGAGUGCUGAUCACUUUGAACCCAAAAAGAAGCUCCAAAACAUUGUCAUGGCUGCUACUAGGGAACAAAGAUUUGAAAGGGUGACAAAGAAUCUGAAGGUUGCAAGAGUUCUUACUACCUUAGUUGAGGAGAUGAAAGCGAUAGGACUUGUUUCUUCAGAUGAUUCACAGUGCACAGAUGUGAUGGUCCCAAUGGCUCACAAAGAUAGAAGCCCUGUCCUCCUCUUUAUGGGUGGUGGCAUGGGUGCUGGGAAAAGCACCGUACUCAAGGACAUUCUCAAAGAACCAUUCUGGAUUGGAGCUGCAGCUAAUGUUGUUGUGAUAGAAGCAGAUGCCUUCAAAGAAUCAGAUGUUAUUUACAAAGCUCUUAGCUCUAGGGGACAUCAUGACAUGCUGCAAACUGCUGAACUGGUACAUCAGUCAUCAACAGAUGCAGCAUCAUCCCUGCUUGUAACAGCACUCAAUGAAGGAAGGGAUGUGAUCAUGGAUGGCACGCUGUCAUGGAUACCCUUUGUAGUGCAGACAAUAACCAUGGCUAGAAAUGUUCACCGGCGCCGCUACCGCAUGGGGCCCGGUUACAAAAUAGAGGACGAUGGAAGUGCUACUGAAAACUACUGGGAACAGAUUGAUGAAGAACAAGAAACUGAUGGAACUAGAAAGAGAAGACCUUAUAGAAUAGAAUUGGUUGGAGUUGUCUGUGAUGCUUAUUUAGCUGUCGUUAGAGGCAUAAGGAGAGCUAUCAUGUGUAGGAGAGCUGUUCGGGUAAACUCACAACUUAAAUCACACAAGAGAUUUGCUAGAGCAUUCAAUACAUACUGUCAGCUAGUGGAUAAUGCAAGGUUAUAUUCCACUAAUACUUUGGAAGGCCCCCCUAAGUUGAUAGGAUGGAAGGAUAGAGACAAGACAUUGUUGGUGGACCGUGAUGAGAUAGAUGUACUGGAAAUGGUAGGGAGGUUGAACGAAGGAGCUGACUCCAUAUAUGAACUUUACAGGAACCCUCAUCCAGCUUAUCAAUCUGGCUCAGUUUGGAAAGAUAUUGUCAUGUCACCUUCUAGAUUGAACAUUCAGAAGGAACUCAAGUAUUCUAUUCAAAAAGUUGAAAGAAUGAAAGCCUGAGUUAAUAAUGAUUCUUCAAAGCCUUCCUCUUUGUACAACUGUUACAUGUAUCUUCAGAUAAGUAUUCAUCACAAAUGUGAUAUCAACCUUCAGUAUUUUUUUUUUUUGCAUGUGAAGAGGGGGACUCUAAUGCCCCGGUGAGGAGAUGCAAGAGGUUGGCCAUAGCGGGGCAGAGGAGAGGUAGAGAGAGGCCUAGAAAAUAAUGGGGAGAGGUGAUUAGGCAAGACAUGGCACUACUUCAGCUAACCGAGGACAUGACCCUCGAUAGGGAGGUAUGGAGGUCGAGAAUUAGGGUUGUGGGUUGACAGGUAGUCGAGAGCCUCUUCUAGUCGUACUAGUAGUAGUGGUACUAGUCCUUUAUUCUCGUACUCCGAGUUCCAUGUAGUUAGACGAUGUGGCACUAUUGUCGAUAGUUUUCGCACUUCUCUUGUAGCUUCGUAUUCCUAAUUCCUUUGCUAUUACAGGCUGUGCUAUU